AUGGACCGCUACCCCUGCGUCAACAGAUACAAGCACGGCGUCGACUGCCCCGGCUGGGUGAACGUCCACGGCGCGCGGUGCGAAGACUGUGUUGUCUACAACCGGUAG